AUGUCGUUACCCGUCGCUAUCCAGUCCGCCAUCUUCUACUACCUCGCGUGUACACCAUGUAACGAGAUGAAGGCCUUCAGAAAGGCCAAGAAGAAGGCCAAGGAGGAGAGAGAGGUCAAGAGACGUAUAGAGAUGGAACAGCCUGGACUCUACCGCCAUCCCGAUCCCUUCAACACCAACCCCUACUGGGCAGAGGAGAUGGCCAUGGGCCCUCACCUGCCCAAGAAGUCGGCCACCAAGAACCCGAGCCAACGAGGUCUGGCGAGUGCCGGCCGCACGAGCACCGCAGCCAGCUUUGGAAAUGCCAGCACCGCCGCCGAGAGCUGCAGUCCCGUGAGCCCCACAAUCAGCGCCGAGAAGGCGCGGAGGAUGUCCGGCGAUGGUUGGAACAGGACCCUCUACCAGCGCGAGGACGAGGAGCUGUGGGGUCACAACCUGUCCGGCAUGGGCCACAAGCUCAUGGACAACAUCGUCAAGGCGGGUAACACGGCAGGACGAUACGUCGAGGAGAAACUGGGGCGCGAGAAGAAUAUUACGGACGAGGACCGCGAGAACUUCUACACGACGCCGAGGAAUCCUCCCGUUAACGAGUACCACCCGCCAAUCGUCGGUAGCAAACCCUCACGCCCCGACGCCCUCAAGUGGAUGCUGCAACCGCCCCCACCGGCAAAGCUCAUGGAAGGUCGAGUACCCGUUACGAGGACCCAAAGCACCAGCACCGUCGGAAGCAGGAGGACAAUGGCCUCUGAAGACACUCCCUUGGAUAGACUCGUCCGGCAGAAGGCCCUCGAGAAGAAGCUGCGACGACAAGGAGACAAGUCACGGGAAGAGACUCCUUCGGAAUCGGAACUGAUCGACUCGCUUAUCGGAUCGAGAACAAGAUCUAGAAAGUCAACGGUCUCUAGCAAGGGCGGGGUCAACCGUAGCCGGAGCCUCUCGCUGGAGUCUGAAGUAUCAUCAGACGGCGAGUUGGUAGAAAGGCGGCGAAGAGCCCGUGCAAGACGCAUUCCCAUCACGCCGGAGGAGACGUCAUCGGACGAGGACGACUACAUGCAACAGCGCACAUGGGACUCGCUGGGACGCGCGAGCCCUCCCCGAAGGCCAAAGCUGGAAACGAUUAGCAGCUCCCGGUCGAACAGGCAGGCAUUGAAGGCACGUCCUAACGGCACCAAGCCUGAUGCCGCGCCAAAGGACACCUCCGACAUUACACCUAAAGCGUCGGCCAACCCUAUUAUUCUCAAGGCUGACGAAAACGAAAACAUGCCUACCACACCGGCAACAGUAUCAUAA